GCCUCUGGUCCUUUUCUUUUUCCACUCACAUCAGCAGCAGCUUCCUUCUCUUCCCUCACUUCGCAGCGCGUAAAACCCAGUGAAAUCCCUUCUCCCCAUUUGGAAAUUCAAUCACUGAUUUGGUGUGAAGCAUUUAAUCCGCGCGUCCCAAUUCCUGUGUUCUUCCUCCUCCAAAUUGUUCCAUUCCCGCUUCUCAUUAGGCAACCGGUUUUUGGAGAGCCCAAAGCAACCCACAUCCCGCUUUUGCCAGAAUGGCCGACCUCAACGACGAUUCCAUUCACAUCGAGAAGCUCUACGAGUACGGCGAACGCCUCAGCGAGGCUAAAGACAAGGCUCAGAACGUUGCCGAUUACCAAGGUAUUAUUGAUGCUGCUAAGACGAGUUUGAAGGCGAAGCAGCUGGCGGCACAGCUCAUCCCGCGCUUCUUCAAGUUCUUCCCUGAACUCUCUAACCAUGCUGUUGACGCUCAUCUGGAUUUGGUUGAGGAGGAAGAUCUUCGGGUGAGGGUACAAGCAAUUAGGGGUCUGCCGCUUUUCUGCAAGACCCCAGACAAUCUAUCCAAGAUUGUGGACAUUCUUGUUCAACUACUUACAGCAGAGGAAAUUAUAGAGAGGGAUGCAGUGCACAAGGCCCUCAUGUCCUUGUUGAGGCAGGAUGUUAAAGAACUCUCUUGUCCUGCAGCUUGCCUAACUGCCUUAUUCAAACACAUUUGCAAUAUUGAUGAACAAAACACAGAGGACCCAUUCCGUGAGAAAGUUCUUAGCUUCAUAAGAGAUAAGGUUUUCCCGCUCAAAGCUGAACUCUUGAGGCCUCAAGAGGAGAUGGAACGACAUAUAACUGAUUUGAUUAAAAAGAGUUUACAAGAUGUAACUGGUGCUGAAUUCAGGAUGUUUAUGGACUUCUUGAAGAGUUUGAACAUGUUUGGGGAUAAAGCUCCUCCUGAGCGUACAAAAGAACUUGUUGAAAUAAUUGAAGGGCAGGCUGAUCUAGAUGCACAGUUCAAUGUUGAAGAUGGAGAUCAUAUUGAUAGAUUAAUAUCAUGCCUGCACACAGCUCUUCCAUUCUUUUUGAGAGGAGCAUCUAGUUCCAAAUUCCUCAACUAUUUGAACAAGCACAUAAUACCCGUUUUCGAUAAGCUUCCUGAAGAACGAAAGCUUGAUUUACUGAAAGCACUGGCAGAAAGCUCUCCAUACACUACUCCUCAAGAUUCUCGCCAGAUUCUUCCUUCUGUUGUUCAACUCUUGAAGAAGUACAUGCCACGAAAGAAGACAGGGGAAGAAACAAACUUUACUUAUGUCGAGUGCUUAUUAUAUGCUUUUCACCAUUUGACAAACAAGGCUCCUAAUGCCACAAACAGCUUAUGCGGUUACAAGAUAGUAACUGGCCAACCAUCAGAUAGACUUGGCGAGGACUUCUCUGAACUCUACAAGGAUUUCACUGAGAGGUUGACUAGUGUGGAGGAGCUUACUAGGGCUACAUUGAAAAAAUUGACGCAAGGAAUGGCAGAACAUAAUAAAGCAAUGUCAGCAGCUAAGUCAGAGGAAGCUAAGGAUGCAAUUAAAAUUCAGAAGCAGAACGCAACAACUGGAUUGAGAACAUGCAAUAACAUUUUGGCGAUGUCAAAGCCUUUGCAUGCAAAAACGCCUUCAUUCAUGGGAGACAAGAGCAUCAACCUUUCUUGGAAAGAAGCAACAAAACCUUCUGUACCAUCCAACACCGUGACAACUGGAGGCAAACGACCUCAAACAGCUACUAAUGGAUCAGGGAACCCGGCAAAGAAGGGGCGUGGUGGUGGCGGUGGCGGCAUGCAGAACCAACUCGUGAAUAGGGCUUUCGAAGGCAUCGGGAGGGGCAACACACGUGGCCGAGGAAGGGGCAGGGGGUGGGGUGGCCGUGGAAGAGGCAGAGGAGGUUUUCGUUAGACAUACUGAAGGAGAAGGGACUCACGUGAAACGAGAGAGAGAGAGUGAGGGGAGCGAGACUACAUGCAAGCAUAGUGAAGGAGGUUUGACUUUGAGUUACAGAAGUUGAAAGACGACCAGCUGGAAAAGUGUUUUAGCCGAACCAAGAUUAGCCCGCAGAUCACCCUCUUCAUUUAUCGCCGCCAAUCUUUAUUCUUGUGGAGGCUGUUCGUUGUGGAUUGAAUUUUGGAGAAAAACGAAAGCACCUUCAAUUUCUAACCCGUUAAGUUAGGCUUAGUCGAAUCUGCUUUGUUCAUUUGUAGUUGUGAUCUGACAUGGAAGGCUGAAACAGUUGGAACCUAUUUUAGAUUGUUGUAUUCAGUGGGAUGAAGAUGAACUAUGCGGUUAACAACUUGAUGGAUGUGGUUUGUGUUAUGAGAUUUCUGCUGUAUUUUCUACUAGAGAAUCAUUUGUACUUCACUGCUGAAUCCAGUUUAGAAAUUUCCUAUCUAAAAGAGGCAUGUGAAAGAUAUUUCGGCCACUGGAGUUCUACAUAUUUGCAUGCCUAACAGCCUGAGCUAGCUCUAUUGCUGGAAUUCUUAUUUCAUCAGGAUUGUCAUGAAAGCUUUCUGGAAUCCCUGGAUCAUCAGGAGUGCGAGGAGGCGGGCUUUCACAUAUGCAACUUGAAACACUCCAAUCCUCUCCUCCUGCAUCUGCUGAAGUUGGAGGCGGCGCACUUUCCACAACAGCCUUCCCUCUAUAAAGGUACUUUGCUAACUCAGCCGUCUUGUUCCAUAUACUAAGAUCCCCAUGUCCUUCCUCUUCCUGACAAACCCUGUACUUCCUCAACAAAUGCAAUAGAAACACCACCAAGCAGACGGUGGAUGUUGCACCAGAUAAAACAUAGAGCCCCCAGAAGUUCUGGAGGCUCAAGCUCUCGGUGUUGUCAUCGCUCGUACUGCCUGAACACUCUCUAGACGGAGAAAACCAAUCCUCUUCUAACCUCUUCAGCUCUCCUUCUUCUGACAGCUUCAGGAUGGCCUUCGAUACAUCGGCUGCUAUUGGAGAACCUUUCUGAAACACAAAUCCCAAUCCUCCAAAUCUGAACGUCUGUGCGGUUGCAGUGAACCGCUUGCAGUAGUGAUUGAUGAACACUUUCUGAUAUGGGAGCUCCAGAAAUGCGGCAGAGAUUUGAUUCUUAUCGAACUGGGUUUCAUAAUUGUACUCAUUAUUGACGUUUUCAAUGUUGUCUGCUUUGAAUUCCAGCACUUUUUCGAGGUAAUUCCUGACGAAUGAAUCUCCAUCGCACCCUACCCUCAGGUUGUUCUUCUUCAGCCAGUCGAUAUCAGUGACGUUUGGCUUCAGCCGCUGCACCGUGAGCAUGGAAGUCAGGCUGGCUGUGUAGCUCGAGUUCAGUAUCAACACCACGAAUAGCCACACCACCAACACCAAACGAGUCAGGUUGCUAUACACUUUCUCCCUGUGGGCAAAGAAGAGCGAGGAGAAAGUGAAGAGAAUCGCGGUCCCCAUCUGGUUCAUUAAAGGACCUUUGAACUCCGGAUUACUCUGGUGCUCCAAGAACCAGAUGAUGAAUGCUGUGUACAUCAAGAUAGAUCCAGUGACCAACCACAUCUCCAUGGUGAAGGGCUUCAUGAACAUCCAGGCAGAUUUCUUGGAAUCCGCUGGCACGAUCAUCGAGAGCCCCGAUUCCGCAAACGGCUGAGUAAACUCCACUUUCUCCCAUCUGUCGGCUAGAAUCGUGAUGUCACCAACAAUGGCGUCGUAGGUCUUGUUGUACACAUGAUCCACCAAAUCCUCGUAUGUGCCGUUGUAAGGCACGAAUUUGUAGGGGAGUCUGUAGUCGAGUUUGUCUAAGAUCUUCCAGAAAAGCUCGAUGCAG